UAAAAAAUGUUUGGUGAUUGGCGCUAGUGUUCCCAUCACAGCGCGUGUGCCCAACCAACCAACGGCUGUUAAAAUUGAAAACAUAAAACGACAAACGACAUUUGCGUGGUUGUUGAUUCUUGACUUCAGUUUCUUUUGGUUGAAAAAUGUCAAGCACGUCCCAGAAACACAAAAACUUCGUCGCAGAGCCUAUGGGCGAGAAGCCUGUGACGGAGUUGGCAGGAAUUGGUGAAGUUCUGGGCAAAAGACUGGAAGGAAAAGGAUUUGACAAGGCAUAUGUUGUUCUUGGACAAUACCUUGUUCUGAAGAAGAACCAAGAACUAUUUGUUGACUGGCUAAAGGACACCUGUAGUGCGAAUACCAAGCAAUCCACUGACUGUUACAACUGCCUAAAUGAUUGGUGUGACGAGUUCUUGUAAACCUCUUCAAAAAUUGUAUCAACUCUUUUUAAGCAGCUUGUAUUAUUUUAUUCUUAAGCACUUGGUGUCUAACUUACAAUCUCAUUCUCUGAUGUAAGGCAUUUAUGCAUGUGUAGGGGUACAAUACUUCGUGGUCUUAAGUUCAUUCAUGUCCAAAAUGAUUUCAACAUUUAAGUCUUAAUAGAUGGUCUGCAUGGAAAUGUAUUAAAAAUUAUGUCUUGUUGCCAAUUGGUCAACAGCAUCUAUGAAGUUUUGCUUGCGCUCUAAGCAAUUGGAAAAAGUCGCAGUUCUAAAACCUUGAAAAAUGUGCAAAAGAUAUGGCAUAAUAUACAUAAAAUCAUUUUAAAUUUCCUGCUAGAUUCAUCCUUCCUUAAUAUCAGGUUACUUCAGGAUCAGGUUUCUUAAACUUGUUCGCCCUUGAACUCUUUGUGAAUUAAAUGUAAUGUUAUCAUAAAAAUAAAAUUGACAUGCGCACUAUCAUUCUGUGCUUACAAAUUUGAAUAUAA